AGAGUUCGGGGGGUUGGGGUUCCCACUGUGAAUAUGUUUAAACAUUUUUUUAUAAUUAAGGCUGGGGGUGGAGGAGAGAAGGGGUGGUAUCACUUCGGUCCUCGGUCGUCCAGCAAAGAGAAUAAGAAUUUAUUCUCUCCUGGGCCGUCAUCCAUCAAAGGAUGGAAAGAAAAUUUUUUCUUUGUGGAUGACACCGAGUGGAGUAGGAGGGAUGCCGAAGUGGAGCAGUUGUCUGCUUGGAAAGCGAAGAAAUCCAAGCAGAACAACUAUAAGUUGAACGAGGAUGAGGUGGAAGAAGUGAAGAAGCUAGUGAGGGAGGACGGAGACGUGGUGGACAUCCUAUACCUCACCAGUCCGCAGGCAAUAGAGGCUGCUGAGCUCUAUGGGCCAAGCUCAUUGAGCGAAGCUGAGAUGGAGGAGUUUACCAAUGCUGCUGGGGGGCUGCGCAUCCCCAAGAAGCCAAGGAAGAAGUCAACGACUUUAGCUGUGGCGAACAGAGGGGUGCCCGAGAGAGAGCGCCUGCCCAGUACUUCAGCCCGGGCCAUGGAGGUGCAGCCAAGGCCGGAGCCUGUGAUGGGAGGCAGUGAGGAUGUAAGCGAGGAGACGGCACCGCUCCAGAGGAAGAAGAGGAGGGUGGCAGAGCUAGAAGGUAGGGUGGAUGAGGUGGUGGAGUUCGUGCCUCGACCUUCUCCUCCAGAAAUCGAUCCUGAGGUCCAGGAGAGGGGAGAGGCCGAGGUGCGAGGCCUUAGUGGGGGCAGGGAGCGCACCCUACCCCACGCGUACCAGAAAGGUUUGUUUGAGGCAACAAACAUGACUAGGGCGAAGCACUUUCUCAACACUACGCUUCCUGACGUGGAUAGGAUGCAAGCGAAGAACGAGGUGCUUAGCCAUGCGGGGUAUACCGUGGUGAGGCACGCCCUAGAGUGCGAUGCCCUGCGAAAGGAGAAGGAGGAGCUCCAGAAGGAAAAGGGGGAGUUGCAGAAGAAAAACCAGCAGAUUCAGAGGAGGCUGGAUGAGGUGACACCAACAGUGACCGAGCUCCAAAGUGAUAACAAUGUCUUGAGCACGAAACUCUCUCUUGAGGAACGUAAAAGGAAAAUUUGCGAAGAGAAGCUCGAGGCUCAAGACAAAUAUAUCGAGAGCCUGAAGAAAGGGGCAGUGGAGCUGAAGAAGUACGUGGAGCUGUUGGUGCACAACAGAAUGGAGGGACAUAUUGGCAACUUCCUCAACUCCAGCACCUUCGAGGACAUCCUCAAGCUAUACCGGCUGCCAACCGCCAUCCUAGCCUUCACCGACUGCAGAAAGAAGGUGAAGGCUCAGUACCUUGAGGUGGACGUGACAACGGUCACCUUUGGGGAACAGGAGGAAGGAGGGCGCACCAUAUUUCCACCAACCUUUGAUGCUGAGUUGGUGGCUGUGGAGGGAGAAGAAGAAGAAGAAGAAGAAGAAGGAGAAGAAGUGCUAGACGCUGGAGUUGAGGCGGCAAUGGCUGAAGUGCAGCCUCCGAAAGUGCAGCCAGUCUCCUCUGACGAGGUGCAGCUGCUGCUCCCCCCCUGAAGCAGAAGUGCCAGUCCUGCCUGCUGGAGACGAGCCACUUCUACCGCCUCUUCCUGUUGAGGAGCAGCCUUCUCCUCCAACAGAGUAGCUUAGGUUUUUAUUUUGUUAAUGGUAUUUGUAAAUAACAUUUGUGGAGAUUUUAUAAAAUUUUUAAAGUUUU